AGAAUUAUCUUUUAUUCUGUGAUAUACGUGAUCCUUUAAAAUUAUCACCUGUCUCUUUCAAUACGGAUAAAUAUCUUUCUGUUGAUUCGCAUGGUGGUGUUCGUCAAGUUACUUCUGAUAUGUGGGCAGAAGCAUUGACUCAUUAUCGACCGGAUGUUAUUUCUCCUAUGGCAGACAAUAUUACUGAUAUGGAAGCAAGAACAAAACGUAUUAAAAAGUCUGUAGAUAGAUCAUUAAAAUGGUUGGAUGAAAAUUUGAUCAAAUCCAAGGAAUUAGAUAUUCCAGUAUUUGCUCAUGUGAUGGGACACACAGAUAUAAAUGAACGUGCUCGUUCUGCUAUAGCAACAGCUGAACGUGACGUGCAAGGGUUCAUUCUCAAUUUACUUGGAUUGCAGAGAGAUGAGUUAAAUAAACAUAUUAGAGCAUCUAUUGACAAUUUGCCUCAAGAGAAGCCUAGAAUUGCUUAUGGUUUAUCUUCACCUGAAGGCAUAUUGGAAGGUAUCUCAAAUGGUAUUGAUUUAUUUGAUGGAAGCUAUGCAUAUAAAGCUACAGAGAAAGGACGUGCGAUUAUAUUUAAAUUUGGUGAAGAGUUAGCAUCUAAAGACACCAUUAGUACAGAAUCAAAUCAACCAAAGACAUUAAGCUUAUGGGAUACUCAAUUAGCUCAUGCCUUUGAGCCUUUAGAUACUACUUGUAAAUGUGAUGCCUGUUCUCGCCCCCAUACAAAGGCUUAUAUUCAUCAUUUGCUUAAUGCUCAUGAAAUGCUAGGUCCUAUUUUGUUGAUGAGUCAUAAUGUUUAUCAAUUGAAUCAAUUCAUGACUUCUAUUAGGAAAAGUAUUGAAAACAAUCGAUUUGAACAAGACAAAGAGACUUUCAUGAAGCAUUAUAGUCAUGUAAAAGAAGGCGAUGAUAUGAAAAACCAUGAAGACGAAGAAGAUACUGAAUCAUUAGGUGUUCAUUUAAAGAAAAAGAGAACUUUAUUAUUUUAAAUAAUGAUAUAUAUGUAUUAACAAGAAUACAUGAUGUAGAC